AUGAGGCCUGCGCCGCCCGAUGGGACAAAGCCAGAACGCGGGGAGGCGCGAGCGAGCGGAAUCACAGAGGUCGGGUUCGAGAGGAGUCGGCAAGGAGAAGAGGGAAAGAUUUGGGGGAUGGUAUUCCAGAACUCGAGGCGAGGCGAGCAGGAUGAGGGAGGGGAGAGCGAGAGCAGCCCUGGAGGAGGAGAAGAAGUUUCUCCUCAGUCUGUGCGAGCUGGGCAGCGGGACAGGAUGGUGCUGGUGUUGCUGUGGUCAGCCUGGGUUGCAUCGUGCUGGCGCGUAGGGGCAGGGGACAGGGCAUCGCCUGCCAGUGCCCUCUGCGGCCCUGAGUCCUGCUACACAGCCCACCUUCGCAGGAGGUCGUUCAGCGAGGCAUGGCGUGCCUGCCGGGAGAGCGGGGGCAACCUCGCCAGCAUCCGCAAGCACCAGGAGGCCAGGCUGGUGGAGGAGCUGCUGGAGGGGUUACCUGGGGGCUGGGGGCAUGGGCCUCUGAAGCUCUGGUUGGGUCUCCAACGCCAGCCGCGACAGUGCGCCCCCCACAAGGCCUUGCGGGGCUUCACCUGGAUGACGGGGGACCAGGACACGGCCUACAGCAACUGGCUGCGCGAAGAGCCGCCCAGCUCCUGCCCUGCGAGCCGCUGCGUGGUGGUCAGCUAUUCCGGACCCUCCGGCCACUCCAACCACAAAUGGCUGGAUGGGUCGUGCCACCUCACGGUCGAUGGUUAUCUCUGCCGGUUCUCCUCCCCCAGGGGCAUGUGCCGGGGCCUGGGGCCUGGCCCAGACGGGCGCCUCCCGGUCUACGCCACCCCAUUCGGGGUCACCGCCCCGGGCCUCCGGCACGUCCCCUUCGGCUCUGUGGCCACCCUGAGGUGCCCCGAGGGCGCCCAGUCCCUGCUGUGCAUGGCGCGGGAGGAAGGGACCCACGCCCCGGGGGCCGGAGGUGGGGUCACCUGGUCCAGGGAGCCGCCAUUUUGCCAGGAGGAGAGGCCCUCGGGUUGGUGCAGGGAGGGGAAUGGAGGGUGCGAACACAUCUGCCUGGAUGAAGGCAGCUUCUACCACUGCCAGUGCCAUGUAGGGUACCAGCUGGGGGAGGACGGCCGCUCCUGCACCCCUCUGGAGGCCUGCCUGGGCGGCCUGGAUGGUCAGGGCCGGUGCCUUGUCGCGGGAGAGUGCCAGGGGGUUGAGUGCGGCGGGGUCCAGCUGUGCACCGGCCCCCAGGGCUCCGAGCCCUGUGGGUGCCCUGAGGGCCACCAGCUGGAGGCGGGGGAGUGCGUGGACGUAGACGAGUGCCAGACCCAGCCUUGCGCCCAACUCUGCGCCAACGCCCCGGGCUCCUACCUCUGCUACUGCAGGGCAGGUUUCACCCUGUCUGAGGAGGAUGAGGUCAGCUGCUUGGAUGUGGAUGAAUGCCAGUACCAGGGCACGUGCCAGCAGAUCUGCAUCAACUACCAGGGGAGCUACGAGUGCCACUGCGGGGAGGGCUACUCCCUGGACCCUGACGGUUUCUCCUGCCGAACCCUCCGGCCCCGCGUCCCGCCCCCCCGCAGGGACCUGGGGACAGCCCCCGCCGCCACUCCCCGGGAUCGACGCCCGGGGAGCGCUGCGAGCGGGCUCCGCCCCACAUCGCCAGGGCAGGAGGAGGAGGAAGACAAGCCCCUCCCGAGGGCGAGGGACCCUCCCCGCGUCACCUGGACCCUGGAGGUCACUCCGAGAACCCCCGGCAAAUCCCGUCCUUCCUGGACCCCUAAUUACCCCCCGAAGACACGGGGCAGUGCACCCAGCCUGGCUGAGAACCCUAAUUACCCCCCAAAGAUCCAGGGCAGUACCCCUAACCUGACCGAGAACCCUAAUUACCCCCCAAGGACCCAUGACCUGGCCGAGAACCCUAAUUACCCCCCAAAGACCCAGGGCAGUACCCCUAACCUGGCCGAGAACACUAAUUACCCCCCAGAGAGGCGGGGCAGUGCCCCCAGCCCAACUGGGAACCCCAGUUACCCCCCAGAGACUCGGGGUGCACUGGUCAACACCCCCAGCCCCACCAGGACCUACCGCCGCCGCCCGGAGACGAGGGGGGCACAGGUCGAUACUGCCCACCCAGCUGGGACCCACAAUUACCCUCCGGAGACACGAGGGCCAUUGCCGAACACCCCCAUCCGGUCCAGGCCUGCCCCCGCAGCGGGUGGGGGGGCAGAGGUCAAUGGCUCGGGGGGUGCGGGCGCCCACCGUGAGCUCAGGGGGCACAGGGAUGACUGUUGGCUCCUGGUGGCUCUCCUGGUGCCCACCUGCGUCUUCCUUGUGGUGAUGCUGGCUCUAGGGAUCGUCUACUGCACUCGCUGUGCCUGUGGGAAGAGGCAGAACGUGACCGACUGCUAUCGCUGGGCCAACCAGACCAAUGCCAAGGUGCCGCGUCAUGACUCCAGUGCCCACGCCACCGUGUUGGAACCUCCUUCUUCAGAUCAACCCGCAAGCCUUUGGAGGACCGACGUCACUCAUCUCUGAGCCAGGAGGCCG